CUUCGAUCAUCAUAUCCAAGAAAGAACAACAUGAAACCCCAGAAGAAUUGUUCGAUAUUAUUGACAGAAAUUCUGGGGUUCUUCUUUCUUAUCGUGCGGUUCACCUCCCUAGUUGAAGGCGAAGUGCAUUUCUAUGAUUUUGUUGUAAGGGAGAAAAACUUCACCAAAUUGUGUUCAACAAAGAGCAUCUUGGUAGUGAACGAUUGUUUUCCAGGUCCAGAGAUACGAGUUCGCAAAGGAGAUACAGUUUACGUUAAUGUUCAUAACCAAGGAUAUUAUGGUUUCACUAUUCACUGGCAUGGGAUAAAACAACCAAGAAAUCCGUGGUCAGAUGGUCCAGAGUACAUCACGCAGUGUCCAAUUCUUCCAGGAACAAAUUUCACUUAUGAAAUCUCUUUAUCCACUGAAGAAGGAACUUUAUGGUGGCAUGCUCAUAGUGAUUGGACAAGAGCCACUGUUCAUGGUGCGAUUGUCAUCUUACCAAGUGUAGGAACCACAUUUCCAUUUCCUCAACCGGAUGAAGAUGAGACCAUUAUAAUUGCAUCCUGGUACGAGGGAGAUAUCAAAGAACUAGUUGAUGAGGCUAUGGAUGAUGGUAGCGACCUGCCCCAUUCAGAUGCUUAUACAAUAAAUGGCGAACCAGGAGACUUUUGUCCAUGCUCCAGUGAAACAACAUAUCAUCGAAUGGUUGACUACGGCAAGACCUAUCUUCUUCGUAUAGUCAACGCAAACAUCAACGCAGAACACUUCUUUGCAGUUGCUGAACAUAAUCUCACCGUUGUUGGCCUAGACGGAGCCUAUAUAAAACCGAUAGACACAACCUACAUAGUCAUCAGUGCUGGACAGGCGAUGGAUGUCCUCCUCAAAGCAAACCAAUCUCCUGGCCAAUACUAUAUAGCUGCUAGACAAUACUCAAGUGAGGAUCCAGAAGUGACUGGCUUUGACCAUGCGAAUGUUACCGCAAUCCUUGAAUACAGAGGCAACUACACAUAUCAGGCAUCUCCUUCCUUUCCAACUACUCUUCCCAUGUACUUGGACUAUGCAGCAGCAAUAAAAUUCACCUCCCGGAUUAAAAGCUUGGCGACCCCCAAAUACCCUACAGAUGUCCCAUUAAAUGUUACUACUAAAAUGUUUAUAACAGUUUCUAUGAAUGAUCUUCCUUGUUCACAUCCAGGCUGUGAAACAACUAAACAAAUCUCUUCAAGCAUGAAUAAUGUUAGCUGGAUUAACCCAACAACAGAUGUCCUUAGAGCCUACUACAGGAACAUAAGUGGGGUUUACACAACGGAUUUUCCAGACCAACCGCCUUCUUAUUAUAACUUCACAGAGGAAACUUUCGUGGAUAAUAUUGUGUUCACUGUCCAAGGGACAAAGGUGAAGUUGUUGAAUUAUAACGAGUCAGUUCAAAUUGUGUUCCAAGGGACUAAUGUGAUGAAGGGCUCUGUUAAUCAUCCAAUGCAUAUGCAUGGAUAUAGCUUCUACGUGGUUGGAUCUGGUUAUGGAAAUUAUGACGAUGAGGAUGAUCCAAAGGGGUUUAAUUUUGUUGAUCCUCCUAAAGUAACUACCUUUGGAGUUCCCAAAAAUGGCUGGUUAGCAAUCAGAUUUAUAGCAAAUAACCCUGGGGUGUGGUUUUGGCACUGUCAUUUUGAUAGACACUUGAGUUGGGGUAUGAACACUGCUUUCAUUGUCAAGAAUGGUGGUACUUCUGAGACUAACAUUCGUCGACCCCCAGCUUACAUGCCUCCAUGUGAGCCUCACUUGGAUUCUCGUAUCAAAAACAGUUACGAGAAUAUUCUAUAAAAAAACAGAGCAACUAUUAUUUGUGUGUGUGUGUAUAUAAAUUCAAGGAGCCUUCGCUGUUCAGCACUUCAGUGUGUGCUUGGAUGAAUGUCGUUUCUGUGUAGAUAAGGCUAUGAGUGCGGAUCCCGUUUUCUCUCCGGCUCAAAUAGAAGCACUUGCUAGAGUGGAGGCGUGCAAAUGGUGUUGGAAUGGGGCCUCUCUCCGGUUAGGCCUUCUCGUUCAAGCUGUGCACUCCUUGGACUCCUCCUCCAUUUACCUACGUUCUCUUUAUGGUGAUGUUCUUGCUUUGUACUCUUCAAGGUGCUUGUUUCGGCUAUUGGAAGCCUUUGGAAAAUACUUUGCUAGAAUGACCCGAGGAUACAAAGAGUUUCUAUGAUGCAACCACUGAAUCAUUAUUGUUGCUAAUUAAGUAUUAUAUCUUCCUAGAUGAGGGGAACUGAUGAAUCAGAAAUGAACUCGAAUUAUAGGAGAGAGAGAGAGAGAGAGAGAGAGAGAGAGGAUGACAAAAGAUCACUCCCAUUUAGCUCUGUACUACCAUAUGGAAUUUUUAGGAUUACAGUUGAUUCUGGUCGGCACUGUUUAUUAGCUAGAGAUGAACUUCAGUUUAUACUCAUUUUGAGUUUGAAAUAAUCUUUCAUGUUUCUACAAAUGCUUCGAAAACCUUUGAGAGUCUUCAGUACAUGUACACACUAGACUACACAGAAGCGAAUUAGCCUUAUUGCAGCUUUCCUUUUUUGUUUCGCGUCAGCAAAGAAUUAUCUGUGGUACUCUUAACUGCUUCACUCAGCCAGCCGACAUGUAAUUUUAUUGACGUACAAGAUUUGGUGUUCAUCCUUCUUGUGUACAUAUAUAUAGGAUUUGGGCGUUUUUAGUUUUUACUAAUUGAAUUACAGAAUUUGGUGUUC